CUGUUGCUUUUUAUAAACUUUGUGAGCGAGAGAUUCGGUAUUGUUAUUAUGUAUUUAUAUGAUGGGGCCCUCCUGGGCCAUGUCAACGGAUCUAAUUGACUUCACCUGCCGCACAGACAAGGAAUGUGAAAGCUAUGAGAACGCCAAGUGCUUAAACUUAAGCUGCAGCUGCACAGCACGUGGCAGCAAUGAGCCCAUAGAGUGCAAGCCCAAAGAUGAAAAACUUACCAACAUUAUAGGCGGUCCAUGUCCCUGCAGCCAACCGCAUUCAGUGUGUAACAUGGCGCAGCAGCUCUGUUACUGCACCGAUGGCCAUGUGCCCAGCAAGGACAAGCGACGCUGUAUAUCCGAAUGGGUGUCGCUGGACAUGCACUGUGAAACGAUGCGACAAUGCCAGCUGGCGGAUACAUUCAGCGCGUGCCAAGCCACACAGCAUCGCUGCCUCUGCAAGGAGAACUUUGAGCAACACCUGGGCAAAUGUCGUGCCGUGCUGGACAUUAGCUGCAAUACUGAUGCGGACUGCAAAGGCAAUGAUUACUCCCUGUGCCUACAAAGCGUCAAAAAAUGCGCCUGCGAUGUGGGCUAUGUUCAGGAUCGCAACAUGACUGCCUGCGCUCCAGGUGCUGUCUACGGCGCCAGCUGCAGCCAGAAUGCGCAAUGUCAUGUGCAUCUAGGUGCCGGAAGCAUGUGCCUGGAAAACAGCUGCGCCUGCCGCGCCAAACACUACCAUAGCGAAAAGCAGCUGCCACUACGUCCGACCAACAGCAGCAGCUGUGAGCCACUGGUGCCCUACGGUGGAUACUGUCGACGCUAUGAGGAUUGUCAGCUGCACCACAUGGAUCAGCAGCUAAAGGCAAAUCAUACAACCAACAUGCAGUGCAGGCUGGGUGAAUGUGCUUGCCAGGAUGGCUACGUGGCGGUGGGCAAUGAGGUGUGCGUGCCGCGCAGUGCUGGAGCACUUGCACCCAAGGCGCUAUUGUUGUCCACAUUUCUUUACAUUUUGUCAUUUAUUACUGCAUUGUAAGUGGUUGUGA